UCCUGACAUCACGGACCAGGCACUUAUCAAACCUAAGGAGAGACAUGGAGCGGCACAUUUAUGAAAAAAAACAUGCUGUUUUAUGUCAAGGAAAAGGCGGGUGUCUUGGAAGAAGUAUCAUGGCUACAGCAAUGGUGUUUGUGGUAACCCUGUGUUUAACACUUAUCAAUACUAGUUCUAAACAGAUUGAUUAUCCCAACCAAGAUAACAGUGCUAUACUAACAAUCAGAAAUGUUAAGAAGGUUACUGCUGUAAUUACUAUGACAAUUAGAGAUAUGUCAAAUGGAGUGGUAGUAAAUGGGACCAUGUUAUCAGGAUCAGAGGGAGAAUGGGUUAUUGUUCAAUGCCAUAUAACCGCGUCUCAAUUAAUCUUCCCUGGUAAGCUUAUUAGAUGGACUUAUCCUGGUGGCACAGAAAUUCACACAAGUACCGAACUAUAUUGGACCAAUACAACUGAAAAGUCUACCCAGAGCAUGUUGCUGCUUAAAAAUAUUUCUUUAACAAGUAAUGGUAUAGUUACAUGUUCUCCUGAGGGUGACUGGGCUGAAGGUGUUUGGGACAGCAAGAUUAGAAUAAAUAUUCUUAAGUCUGAAGUAUGUCCAGAGCUGCAACCUAUAUCACUAAGUGGUUUAACCAAUAUCUGGGGUGCUCUACAACAAUGUUCAAUACAUUCAUAUUCCAGUUAUUCUAAAUUUUAAAAACUGGACUCUACCCAGCCAAAUAUGUGAUAUGAAUAUAAUUAAUAUGUAUGACAUAUUUAUAAAAGAUAAAAUAAAUUCCUUUUGGAAGCGUAACACAGGACAGGUUAAUAAUAAAUUGAACCCCCUUAUGAACACCCAUAGAAGGUUCUCCAAAAGAGACAUUGGAGGGAUAAUUGGUACUGUCUCUGGUCUUUUUGGUUCUGGGAUGUCUAUCUGGAACAGGGCUGACAUAUCAUCUUUGUGGGAUAAUGAGCAGAAACUUAAGAUCCUAAUGGGAAAUAAGAUUACUAAACCCCUUGCCUCCUCUCAGUUGGGCUUAGAAAAUGAAGAAUUAGCAACUGUUUAUGAUAUGCAUGUAAUAGCAAAAUUGUUUUUACAAAUGCAAGACAAGUUGAAUGAACUAAUUUCUGUCAAUAAUGAAGAUGCCACUAAUAAUAAGCUGGGCAGAGAAAUGGCAUGUAUUGCUUAUGGGGACUUCAUCUUAAGCAAAAUAUCGGACAUGCUCCGUGAUAUUGAACUCCAACGUAUCUUUGAUUUUAUUCCAGAUACGAGAAUUAGGGGGUGGUAUGGGAAACUUGAGACAGGUGUGACUAUGUGUACCAUUCGGGACUUGGCUAAAGUUACAUUACAUGCCAUCAAAUGUGAUGACACACUCAGUACUAUGAUACCAUUGACAAUAUCUCUCCCUGUUAUACCCACCAACGGAAUCUACAGAGACUUGGCAAAAAUUCAUUCCCUUGGGAUUCUCGAGGAAAGUGUUCUAAAGGAAUUUAAAAGACCUCCUACUCUUUUGGUUAAACACCCAUCUGGUGACUGGCAAUCCCCAGACACAUCCUGCUGCUUAAAGGAAAAGGACAUCUAUAUAUGCAGAUGCAACAUCCUGGAUUUGGCUGGAGAUACUUGUGGCCUAACACUGAAUCAGACUUUCAGAACAGAAGAGAAGAUGAAAGUUGAAGAAACCAUUACCACGUGUGCAGUAAAACUAACUAGAUGGCACCAGGAUAUGAUAAAAACGGCUUAUGUGGGUGAUGGGAAAUACUGCAUAAUAGCAAAAGGACAUAACUUCUUCUAUGGGGGAAAUGAGUGCACCUUAAGCAGUCCAAACUUCUGCUUAACAGUAAAGGAAAAAAUGGAAAUCAAUGGUCACACUAUCAUCCCUGUCCCAGUUUAUCAUGACACUUCUGAAGUUCAAGUAAAGUUACGUUAUCAGGAAGAAAUAAAAAAUUUGGUUCCGCAAUUACAUGUACCAAUACCGACAUUAUCACUUGAUGUCCAUAAACUAAUGGAAAGAACCCCAGAACAUUUAUUACAAAUGAAACAAAGUACAAAGAAUGCUAUGGACUCUGUAUUGCAACUAACAACUACUAAAUGGUGGGAUUCAAUGGACAAUGUUUCAGAACACCCAAUUUUUCGGUUAUCAUUCAAAAUGUUAAUCUGUAUCCAAGGUAUACUUGUAAUAUGUGGGUUACUUCUGUUUUGCAAAAUGACUAGAACCAUUAAGAAUCUUGAACGUUUUACCUAUGGACAAGUCCAGGAAAGAGGGAUCAUAUCACAUAAGCUUCAUUCACCCUCUAGGUGGGGACUGUAAGAUUCUGGUAAAAUAUAGAUAUAUAUUGUGGGCUCCUAUAUUUUAUCAAAUCUAUAAUGAAACCUUUCUUUAGUAGAGGAAACAGCCUAAUUAGCUUAGCACCUGGGUGUCUGGUCCAAACAAUAGGAGUUUCCUAAUUUGGGGAAACAAAGGUACUGCUCUGGGAAAGGUUUGGUCACACCUAAACUCUAAUUAACAUUAUCAAAGAGUCAAGGACACCGGAGCCAGCACUAAAUGGAUCCCUGGUGAUAUGCAUAAUCAGUUAGUUCAGGAAGGACAGAUGUUGACUACAUGACAAUUUGCCAAUCCAAAAUGGAGGACGGGUAACUUCCUGUAACUGACUGGUAUGUGCUAGCAUCAUUCAAAU